AUGCUUCAGCCCUCUGUUCAUCAGCUGUAUCGACGCCUAGAGACCGUCGGUAAAGGUGCAUACGGCUCUGUCCACAAGGGUAUUCAUAUUCCUACUGGUAAUGUCGUUGCUCUGAAGAUCAUCAAUCUCGACACGGAAGAUGACGAUGUAGGCGACAUUCAGCGCGAGGUCGCUCUUCUGACCCAACUACGCGACGCGCCGAACGUCACUCAGUAUUAUGGAUGCUAUCUUGACGGCCCUCGAGUGUGGAUUGUCAUGGAAUAUGCCCAAGGUGGUAGUGUCCGGACCCUCAUGAAGGCAUGCAAAGAUGGUGUCGUCGAGGAGAAGUACGUCUCUGUCAUCACACGGGAGGUGCUCAUGGGGUUGAGCUACCUCCACAAGUCUUCUAUCAUACACCGCGAUCUCAAAGCUGCUAACAUUCUUAUCACGGCUGCCGGCAAAGUCAUGAUUUGCGAUUUCGGCGUCUCUGCUCUUCUUGUAACGGCGUCCAGCAAGCGUAACACACUUGUUGGUACACCGCAUUGGAUGGCCCCGGAGGUCGCACACGCUUCUGCGUAUGAUACAAAGGCAGACAUCUGGAGUUUGGGUAUCAUGAUAUACGAGAUGAUUAAAGGAAGCGCACCGAAUUCACAUGUUGUGGACCAGGUUAAACUCAUCCAGAUGAUUCCGAGGAUGAAACCCCCUCGUCUCAUUGAAGGAGAGGGAAGUAAAGAAUUGCGAGAAUUCGUCUCGCAUUGUCUGCGAGAAGCCCCAAGCGACCGUUUGAGCGCCGAUGAUUUGACAAGAACUAAAUGGAUCAAAUCGGUUUCCAAAGUCCCGGUGACAACCUUAAAGGACCUUAUUCUACGGUAUGAUGCCUGGACCAAGGGUGGUGGUACAAGAGCUAGCAUGGCCGAUCCGCUUCCGUGGGAGGAAGAGGAAGAGAGGGACUCUCAACCUGCAGCAGACACUGAGGAUGAGCAUCCAUGGGAAUUUGACACUGUUCGAGUUCGCCCGUCUCUGGGAGUCGGUCAUCUGGAUGCCGAAUCUAGCGGUCUUGAGAAUCCGGAUGAUGACCCAUCGUCAUCUCAUCCGACCGUCCGGCCAAUCCUUCCUUCUAAAGUCCCUGCAACUUUGCGCGCCCUCUUCGAAGAAGAAGGCGCCGCUCCGGAUCCCUUUAGAAUUCCUGGUUUCGAUGCCUCUCAGACCGAUUUACAGUUGCCGUCAUUUCCUGGACUGUACUCUGUGCCCAGUUCCCCGACCCGCGGUCGCAGUGCGUUUAAAGCCUCAGGUUCAGCAGACGCUGAGGGGGAGAUUCCAGAGACAGCGAAGCAAUCGGAUUUUGUCUUUCCCCCUCGAACUUCUACACCUCGUUCCAAAUCGAAAUUAUCUACACAGACAUCAGAAAGCAGAGAGGAUGACCUGGAGCGACUACCACCCCUAGGUCCAGGAAUCCCCUCAGGAAGACCCCCUCAGCUAGGCAACAGUUCGCCUCGCAAUGCUACACCUGCUACUACUAGAUCGACGCCCAAUUAUCGAGAGGUGCGCACGACUCGUGGCCUGGCCGAUAUUGAGAUACCCACGCGGCUACGAGACGGGUUGGACAUGGCUGUCGAUAUGUCAACCCCGCCGAUUAUAUUGUCUUCGUCUUCUCCUGAGCGACCUGUCGCUGUCUCUCGCUCAACUAUUACUCGAAAGCGUUCUCAAAGUAGUGCGACUGGCGGGACAUCGUCGCCUUCCUACUUCACUCGUCGAGACGUUACUCCUCCAUCGUCCUCAGGCUUCCGAUUCCCCGCUAUAUCCAAUCCAUUCGUAGAUGAAAAGCUAGGGACUCCACCCCCCUUACCGACGCCAGAUCUGCUAUUCAGGCGCAAUCGCAUCUCACCUACGCGCGCAAGCGUCUCUUCGAUCUCUUCGACAUCAUCCGGAACACACCAAAUGACUCAAUCGCUCGAUGCAUCUCCUUUGCCCCGACGAAUGCCUUCCCCUGCAGCACUACCCUCUCCAAUUGGUCGUGCUCUGUCUGCGGCUGCGGCAGAGUCAGGUGCGCAAGAUAGCAGUACGUCUAUUUCAGUUGGUAACAAUCUCGUACGAAAGCCGAGUCUGAACCGUUUGGCAUCCGUCGCUGUAAUGGAAAAUGUACACAAGGCUCCCGUACCUCCCACAAAGCCAUGGAUGAGAAACCGCGAAGGACGAGGCGGCAGUGAAGGUUCAUCUUUCCGUGCGCCUCUGCCCGUAUUGAAGAAUGGUUUGAAGAUGCCCCCACAAGUUCUAGAUCAUAGAACUGGGCCAUCGGAGCUGCCUCCAUCACCAUCAGUGUCACUUCCUCCCCGGAUAUUGCCUUCCCCGAUUCCUUCAGGUUUUCUCCCUUCAGAUACAGGCUCAAAUGGUGCUCGUAAUAUGCCUCAUACAAACUCUGCAGCAUCAUCGUCCACAACAUCGCUCAGUUCGCUAUCCUCACAAAUGAAUAACUCUUUUAGCGAUGGGCGUGUGGGCACCAGUGACUCUUCCGCCUUUUAUUCUCAGUCACACUCACGAUCAAUUUCGCAUGGGCGGUCUCAAUCUUUUCCUACCCCUCCAUCUGAAAUGACUGGUCCCUCGAUUAGGCCUCUUGACUUCAGUGCCAUCAUGGAAUCGCAUGAAGCUACUCAUGUGGAGCUUGCACGGACAGUAGACGAACUCUCACAGUGGCUCACUGUUGUUGACAUUGGACUUAGGCAUAUGCUGGAUAGAGCCACCCAAGAGACAAUCGAAGAAGAGCAGGAACAGGAUGUUCCAACUGAUACCGAUGAUGAGACGUCUCCCACUUCACGACAGGUUGAGCUUCCCACAAUAGCGCCGGUCGCUACUUGA